AUGGCAUUUGUGCCCACAUCACCUCAAACCUCUUUGCAUGGCACAUUCACGGCUCGGCCGGCUCAUCGGUGUUCCGUGCAGAGACCCCGUACUGUCCACCGCCAGGCCUUGCGAAUGCAGACAUGGAGCGAUCCAGCGGUAACCCAAGAAUAUUUUGAUUUUCUGAACAAUGUGAAUCAGCGCGAGCUCAUGACCGACUGUACCUCCACUAUCGUUGGCUCCGGCAGAAUCGGAAAUUUUCUGCGUGAACAUGGCACCGGUCAAGAUUUAGUCAUACGGAGAGGCCAAAAAAUCCCAGAAGAUGCCCCUGGCCCGGUUUACCUCUGUACUCGAAACGAUGACCUGGAGGAAAUCAUUGAAAACUGCCCAGAGUCGAAGAAAGACGAUUUGGUCUUCAUUCAGAACGGAAUGCUGGAGAGGAUGCUUCGGAGGCAUGAUAUGUCUGAGAACACCAGGGCCAACCUCUACUUCGCGAUUUCGAAGAUGGAUGCGGACCCUAUCGACGGCAUUACUGAAACCAAUCCAGAGGGACUCACCGCAGUCUGCGGAAAAUGGGAAGGAGCGUUUCAAGAGAGGAUUUUGAAGGCUGGUUUAACAUGCAAAAUCUUGAAAGAGCGAGAUUUCCGCAGAAGCCAGCUUGAGAAGCUUAUCUGGAUUAGCGUCUUCAACUUGAUUGGAGCUGUGCAUGGAAACAUUCCGAUGGGAGAAGUCGCUCAAAUGCAUGAGCGUGAAGUGACAGAACUGUCCAUCGAAUUGGCCCAUAUGAUUCGAUUUACGCUUACCGUUGGCAUGCUCCCCGAUAUUGAAAAACGCAUGUUGGCGUACGGGAGGAGAGUCAAGGAGUUCCCUACUGCUCUCAAAGAGUUCGAGUGGCGAAAUGGGUUCUUUUACAAGUACUCCAUGCUCGCAAGGAAGAACGGCUUCCCAGAUCCAACCCCCAUGCACACGUACGUUCUUGUCUGCUCUUCUUACGCCCGAUGA